AAUAUGGAGAUGAAAGGCUUUAGAUCUUCAUCACCUUUCCCCUAUCCUCUAAUGGCGACCUCCGUUAUAGCUCUUCUGGUCUUGAGCUCAAACAUCAAGAAUUGCUUGGCGACCAACACCAGCUACAUCAAAUCUAGCUGUGCAUCCACUAGGUACGCCAAAUUGUGUUACAGUUCUCUCUCUGCCUACGCAAGCACUGUUGGAACAAACCACACCAAACUGGCUAUAGUAGCCCUGAAUGUAAGCCUGAGCGCCACCCAGAACACAUCGGCCUUGGUUACAGAGAUGUCAAACAGACAUGGGAUGAUGAUCAACGAGACGAAUGCCAUUAAAGAUUGUGUCUAUGAGGUUGGAGAUGCAAUAUGUGAGCUGCAGCAAUCUCUUGAGGAGAUGAAGGUUCUUGGGGGUUCUGAUUUUGAGUACAAGAAAAAUAGCAUAGAGACUUGGGUGAGUGCUGCUCUGACAGACGAUGAAACCUACUUGGAUGGAAUGGAUGGGUAUAAUAAGACUGGAAAGGUGGAAAAGAGUAUUAGAAAGAGUGUUAAAAAUACUGCGAGGUUGACUAGUAAUGCUCUUGAAAUCGUUGACUGCCUCACCCAGGACUGAUACAAGUCCUAGUCGGAAGGGCACAUACCCUAGCUCUACAAGAUCCUGAUGACCAAAUUUGGUAAUUAAUACUUUCUGUGGGGAUAUUUUCAUUUAUCAUUGUUUCUUUCUGUAUAGUGCAGAUCUACAUAAUGCAUAUUCCAAUCAAUUUGAUAAGAAUGUGUACCUUUGGA